CUCUUCCUCUGAAUAGACACUUCAAAUCCACACCUUACUGCUGCUGCUGAUUCAUACACACACACAUGAACACACACACACACACACUUCACUUUGUUCCUUCUAAGCUGUUGGAGGACUCAGCACAGGAUUUAUUUUACCAGUCAUGAAGUAAAGAGAGGCCUGUGGAGAUUUUUCGACCAUGGAGUCCAAUCUGUCCGGCCUGUCUUCCCUGAAAGAAGAAGGCGAUCUGCUCUACAUUCAGCCACAUUAUAAGGAGACUUAUCGCCUGGCCAUCUACGCGCUGCUGUGUGGAGGCCAGGAGGCGUACGAGGAGUUCCUCAGGGUGGAGCAGAUCAGCCACUUCCUGUCGGAGGAGGAGAUCCAGUUCAUUUUGGAGCAUGCAGAGCUACCGGUGCUGGAGGACGACGACUCCUCGGAGGGGAAGAAGGUCACGGAUGAAGCCAGCCCCUCCACCUACUUCCCCACUGAGUCCGAUGAGGAGGUGCCGGACCUGGACCUGGGCUGGCCUGAGGUCUCUCUGGAGGGGGCGGAGACCUCCAUCAGCCUGCUGUUCAACCCCCCCAGGCUCAACACCCCCACCAUCAAAGAGGUGGUGCGCAAACAGAUCCAGGAGGCCAGGCUGUGUAUCGCCAUAGCGAUGGACGUGUUCACUGACGUGGAUAUUUUCAAAGAGAUCGUCACGGCCACGCUGAGAGGAGUGGUGGUUUACAUCCUGCUGGACCAGUCUCAGAUCAGGAGCUUCCUCAACAUGUCGCAGAGGGUGGGCAUCAACAUCCAGGACCUCAAGAAGCUCCGUGUUCGGACGGUUCCUGGGCUGCGGUAUCAGUGCCGCUCCGGGGUGAAGUUCAGUGGAGAUUUGGAGCAAAGAUUUAUUCUGGUGGACUGCCGAACAGUGCUGUUUGGAACAUACAGCUACACGUGGGCGUUUGAGAAGAUCAACCACAGCAUGGUCCUGGUGAUCACUGGUCAGCUGGUGGGCUCUUAUGAUGAGGAGUUUAGACGACUUUACGCUCGCUCCACAGUCCCUGCAGUUCUGUCCAAGGAAAAGUCUUUCAUCCAGCUCCUGCAAGACGGCGUGACCUUCGGGAGCCCAAACUCCAGCCAGCUUUCCCUCCACCAAAUCCACAUGAGACCCAAAGUGAUGCAAGGCAUGAGGAGCGCUCAGGAUGGAUUUAACAACGGCGCCAUGACGAGAGGCCUGAGCGUUCAGGAGAGGCUGAAUCAAACUCACUGUUUCGACAUGGGGAACCUGGUGCGUGGACACAGUUAUGGCGGAGAGCUGCAGAAGUUAAACUCCUCAACUCGACUGAGGAUGGGGACUAAAGACCUCGAAGUCCCUGUUGCCCCCGAUAAAAAAGGACUUAACUUGCUACAAAACAGGUUGUCUCAACAUCACAUUAGACACCGAACUCGCUACGGAGCGGACCAAAAUCUGAUACCAUUCAACUCUGAAACAUCCCUCCACAGGUGGAAGAUGGACGCAUACUUUAACGACAGCGACGGGCCUAAAGAUGAUGCAUUAUCCCCAAUGCCCUCUCCGUAUAGCAGCCACACAGGCUUGAAUGAGCAGCAAUCGCAGAUGAUCCAACAUAGAUCGAGGGACAUUAAGACCAGGAUGGAGGAAAUGAGGCAGAAGAGGCUCAGUCUGCAGGACUACAGCAACCUCAGGCAGAGCCAAGAGUCCUUGAGGUCUAUGUACCAGGCUCUGGACAGACCAAAGUAUUUGUCUUCAUUAAGAAGUCUGGACAUGAGGCAGAGUAUCCCAGAAUUAGAGCCAAUUGUGCAAAAUGGGGUCAGCAUGGAACCAACCAAUCACAACGACAGUGAGUCAAAUAAGGAAGGCGACGAAAGAGAGCAACCUCUCUCUGAUGGCCAUCGCUCGGCUUCUAACUACGACGUCACGAUGGCUCCAGAUAAAAAAACAACCCCGAAAUACGACUGGCACGAGUCUCUCUCCAGGACAACCUCAGCUGCUGAUUUGGAAAUACAAUUAAACGAUCCCUCGCUCAAGCUCUCCCACUUGCAGCCCAGCGGUCUCCAACACCCAAGAGCGAUGGAGGCUUUGACGGAGAUCCCUGAGGAGAAAGAGGGUUCACGUGUCAACAGCGCCGACUCAGCUGCAUUCAAAGAAGCAAAUGAGGAGAUAGGCGAGAAAGCUCUACCAAAGCAGAACUCUGUGAAAUCUAGCAUACCUGCAGAACCGAAGCGCCAGGAUCAAACCAGACUAAACCCUGGUUCUGUAGGUAAGGCCGCAGAACCAAUGCGCCAGGAUCAAACCAGACUAAACCCUGGUUCUGUAGGUAAGGCCGCAGAACCAAUGCGCCAGGAUCAAACCAGACUAAACUCUGGUUCUGUAGGUAAGGUGUCCAACAGCUCAAGCUCAGUCGCUUCACAAGAAAGAAAGAAAUCAAUAUCCAAAGACGAACAAACUGUACCAAAGAGCACUUCCACAGAAUCUCAGCAUGCCGGUGAAGCUGGGAGUAGUCAAGCGGACAAAAAGCAAACACAACGAGAGGAACCAACCCUUCAAAGGAUGAAUUCCUUAAGAAUGAAAGUACAUUCGCUGCUUAACGCUGACGAAAAGAAAGCAUCAAAGAAAGAAGAGAAGUCGCUACGAAGAAAGGAAUCGCUGAAAACACAAAACCCGUCGGGAUCAAACCCACCAAUCAGAGCGGACCAUUCCCAGGCGGCAGAGCAAACAACACCCAAGAAAGGUAAUUCGCCGAGCGUCUCCCGGUCGCAGAGCUCUUUAGCUUCUUCAGCAGACACAGAGAAGCAUAAAUCUCCGUUCCAGAGAUUAACUCCACAGCGAUCCAGCAAGAAGAAGCCGAACCCUGCAGGAGAGCAGGAGCGAGGAUCGAGGAGCGCUCUGAACGAAGAGGGAGGGAUCCCCGCUCGAAACCGCAGAGACCCAGUCUACAGCCGAUACGAAUACUUGUCCAAACCAGAACUUAAACCUGUGGACAAACAGAGUGGCUCGGACAACAAACUGGGGAAAUUCAUGCAACGGGUUGGAAAUUUGAUAAGCAAGAACAAGUAGAGGGUGGAAAAAGUAAUAAACGACGCAUUGUUCAGGAAGGAAGGCGGUGCUAGUGCGUAAUCCAUGGAUGUUUCUGAAGUUAUUCACUGCAAGAUUGUUUAUAUAGCACAUACCGACAACUAAGCAACUACACCCAGAACGGUGUUGUGUAAGAUAUGAAUAACUGUUUGAUUUAAUAAAUGGCAGCGACGAAGUCUCUGUACUCCACU